AUGCUAUUGUCUCUAUCAUCCGUUCGAUCCUCUCCACUCCACGAAAUGACACUUGAGUCGACUCAAAAGUCGUCUCUAUCGUCUGUUCAAUCCCCUCCACUCCACUUGCGUUUUCCAUGCCCUUCAGUUACUUGCCUUCACAUUCUCUCCCAUCCUUACCACCUCAUCCCACCGUCCUGCAGGUAUCUAAAUAACAACCAGUUUUCGGGAACAAUUCCCGACAUCUUUUCCUCACUCACUAUGCUCACUGAACUGCAUUUCGAAGACAACAGGUUGGUGGGGUUCCUUCCCCCGUCCAUGGGCUUGCUCACUCGUCUCAACUCCCUGAACCUCCAGCGCAACAGCCUAACAGGCGCCAUUCCUGCAUCCCUUAGCCGCCUAAGCGAGCUAUGGUUCCUGUGA